GCAGCUGCAAUCCCGCAUUUCGUUCAACCAUGCGAGAAGUCCAAUAGAACCCUCGAGCUCUCCUUGAGCGUAAGCUGAUUUGUUUUACUUUGGACUGUCAUUUGCUUUACCGACAACCAAAUUUAUUGAACGAAUAUUGGUACGAUCUUGAUUUACUCGCGAUUUGUUAAUCAUUCUUCGCUUACUUUAAUUCGAUUCGAAGUGCAAAAGUGCUUGUGAAAACUGUACGACUCACUGACAGUGACGACUGUAGAUUUUUGCAAGAAUCGUAGAUCAUUCGAUUUUUAAUUAACUGUGUACUUUCUCUCGAUUUUCUACCUUUCCAGUUAUAGCUGUUCGAUCAUGAUUUCAGGAGCCAUUUUACCCUUGUUGGUGUCAAGCACUGUUUUAUUUUCUUUGACAGCUGUUACAGGAGAAGUAAACAAGUAAGAUUAUAACCGUAUGCAGAUUUUCAAAUGACAGAUAAGUUUUGAUUUACAUGAUCAUGUUUAAACUAAAAUUUUGCAAGUUAUUUAGAGCGAUAAAACAGAUUUAUCCAUCCCGCAGCAUGAACCGAAUCAUGUCCGAAACGUAUUUGUCCUUGUUGAGGUUUCCUGGUGGCAGGGCUGUCAGUAAGAUAUAAAUGGCUGCUGGGGAAUGGAAAAAUUCUUUUGGUUUUGUUUUCCUUUUGAUUUUAGUGAGAGUCGGUAGUGUUCAUGCUAUAGUACAUGUAGCUGGGUGAAUUAGCCAGCCCCCCUGGUAGCCCUUGGCUGAGAGACAGUGACCUGGGAUCUGGGAUUCCCCUUAUUUUAAGCUCGAGAGUCAGAAUUUUGAAGCAAAAUCAAGGGGAGGUUUGGGAUUGAGGGUAUGCGCGGGAGGUGGGAUGCCAAAAAUAGCCAUUGGGAUUACGGGAUUGAGCAAAAUAUUGGGUCACGGUUACAGUAUUGAAGAACCCUUUGAGGACCCUCAUACUCCGACAGGCAAAAAUAAAAAUAGCAACGGGUCGGUGCAUUCCAUUGGUAUUCCUGUUAGGCCAAAACCAUAUCCAAGAAAAGUUCUUAAUCUUUCUUUUUAGGCUUUAAGAUGAAUUGUGUAAAUAACACAGAUACAAAUUUUUGGCACCGAAUGACAACCACAGGUUACACUCUUUGUUAACUCCUCCCCACCCUGGACAAUGUCCCCAUACCCUCUAGCAGCUUGUGCCCAGGAUCCCAGGUUUAUGGGCACUGCCAUUUAUGGGCUAUAUAGGUAUGUGCCACUGUGAAGGGUAUGGUUUUCAAGAAGUUUACUCUAGGAUGUGGUAUAUAAAUCAGGGCGUUUUGGUCUAGAAUAGGGUGUCACUUUUCAGGAAACUGAUCAGUUGGUUGAAGGUUUUUUCUAGACUAGGGAUUGUGGUACAAGGUCUUGUUUUGGCUAGGCUACUGUGCUAGUGACCUCAGUAGUUUCUGGAAAACAGCUACUCUAUGAUAGGGGGGAUUUGGGGAGUUUACUCUAGUAUAGGGUAGCAAAAUCCAGCUGAACUAGGUCUGGUAUAGGUUAAGGGUUCCAGGGUUUCAGCGGCACAUCCCCACCCAGGAAUUCCUGAAGUACCCCCCCACGUCUGCUUGAGCCUUUGGUGCUCGUAUUAUUUGUCUAUGGUAAAAAAAUAUCCCCUUUUUAAUAGUCAAAAGGUUGGAUGGGCUCAGCUAUAGAAAUAAAACAAGACUGGCAAUUCUCUAAGUUAACCCCUGACAGGCAGGGUUACUGAGCUGGUUGGGUGUCACUGUAAACAAUUUAAUGUUAUGCAUUCUUUUUCAACAGCACAUACUUCAUAACAGCCCCGAGUGUGUUCCGUCCUGGGCAGCUCUUCACACUUCAAGUAUCACUGAGUAGCAUUGUCACUACACCAGUCAACAUAACAUGUGGAAUUGUGGAUACAACCAAACAGAAUGUUUUGAUUGCAAGUGAAAGGGGUUUUUUCAGUGCUGGUGAGAGUGCAUUGAAGCUUCUGCAACUUUCUCUGCUAUAGCUCAACAUCAAAUUUCUUGGUCCAAAUAUCAACACACAUCUAUUGAGCAUUUUAUACAACUCAUGAUAAAAAUGUGCCUUGAAACCUGGUAAUGAAGGAUAGCUAGGAGAGUUGACAUUACAUGUACUUUUUAUUAUUUUUAUACAUUUAUGUACACUGGAUCAAAAGUCACAUACUUUUAGGGUUGCAGUUGCUUUUGACCAAUUUUUGAUUAUUCAAAAUACGUUACUUUAUUUUCUUAUUCCUGCAGGAACUGCUCAAAAGUUGACUCUCAAGGUACCUUUGUUGGUUGUUUUUCUUUUUUUUUCUAUUCAUUUUUUCUUUAAAGUUGUGAGUAUGGAAUCUACAUAUUUUGCAUUAUGGGUAGGAUCCAGAAAUAUCCAUACCUCACCCACAGAUGGCCUUUUUUCUAAGACCCUAUCGGGGAUUCUUAUGAACACUCAGUCCAUACAUUUGUUUUGUUAGGGUUCUUUCAAUUUUUGACAUAUAUGGACCAGUUAAGGAAAAUCUGUCAACACCACUGGAGAGAGAGCCUUGAAAUUAGUGAACUUGCCAAGUUUAAAAGUGAUAGUCCUAAGCAAACAAAGAUAUAGCUCUGCAAAAUUGCUAAAAUUUGUUGGUCAAAAGUUGAAAAACAAUCUUGGAAAGGUGUAUUAUAACAUUUCGCUUAUUACGUGUUCUUGAUUUAAGAUUCCUCAUGGAGUGGCCUCUGAUUCUGGAUAUUAUGUAUUGGCUGUUAAUGGAACAGGAGGUGCCAGUUUCUCAGAAAGGAAAUAUAUUCGUUUUGAGGAGAAGGGCUUUACAAUUUAUAUACAGACUGACAAAGCAGUGUACAAACCUGGACAGAAUGGUAGGUACAGCAUAAAAUCUGUGCUGUAAAUUUACAUGAAACUUUCAAUUUCUUUAGGAGUUACUUUUAAUUUGUACUGUAGCAUCUUACAGAGUACAUUGCAUUCUUCCUUAUUAAAAGUUUUUAAUUUGUUGUUAGUUACAUCAAGGCACUGUGAAUAACAGUAAAGUUUUUAUCUGCUUUUAGUUAAAUUGCAAGAUAUUCAUCUUGACAGUUGUUGUUGUUGUUGUAGUUUUGAUGCGCAUUUUUGCAGUCCAUCCAGACCUUAAAGUUUAUAGAGGCAGUGUGAGUGUCACUUCUUAAUUCGGGUUGUUAUUGUAAUAUUAAAUAAGUAAACAAGUAGAUAUUAAUUGAUUUUAUCGCUAAAUUUAGUGAAACUGCAAUAAAAACUAAUUUGAUGAGAAUAUACAUGUUAGGAGCAAGAGUGAAGACAUUGGGCCACAAAAUGGCAGGAUUGUUUAAAAGUCCUCAGUGCAUGUACACUUGAAAAAAUUUCAUGUGGAAACCAUUGAGAUGAAAGUGUUCUUGUGGGAAAAAUUCUUUCCCAGUUAGUGCAAUCAGUAGGUCAGAGCAAGAUCACAGGAAAGGAGAGCCAGCCCAGAUAACCAGUCGUACUGUACAGUCGUACUGUAAAAUUCCGAAAAUAAGCCCCGGGACUUAUAUUUUUCAAAGGCCCUUUUUGAGGGUUUAUUUUUGGAGGGGCUUAUCUACGGAGGGAAUUUACUGUUUUUGCUUUGUUUUACUCUGUAUUUGAGAGCAAUUUCCAAGUACAAGCCCCCAGGGGGGCUAUAUUUGGAGGGGCGAUUGAACAGAAGGUUUUUUGUGUUAUGAAUUUGGGGGUUUAUAAUUGGAGGGGCUUAUUCAUGUAUGUAGAGGGGCUUAUUUUCAGAAUUUUACGGUAUAUGCCAACUCUCCCGGAUAUGGCACUGAUCUCCCGGGUUUACCUCGGUGUAAGGACUUGAGAACUUUUUCUUUGUUUGUACCUUUUGUUUGUCUAGGUUUUAUUGUGGUUGACUUCUUUGUUUUCUUUGUUUUACGUCACCGGUGAGUUUAACAAGUUCUUACACCGAGGAUGAGCCGAUCUCCUGCUCUCCUGAACGGGCCACCAAAUCUCCUGGAUAUAAAAAUGGAGUUUAAUGUACAUGUAGUUUGUAAUAAUUAAGCUCGUUUUUUCUCAAAAUUCAAACUUUUUUUAUUGAGCAUCGGUUGCGGAGACAUUUUGCACGUAGUUAGUUACUCAGAUGACAAAAACUAUUUUGUCAUUAAAAUUGAUAGUAUGUACUUCAUGUAAGACUUCAUAUAAUGUCCUAGCCAUUCCCAUGUCUUAAUUUUGGCAGCUGGAUCAAUUUGCAGGCCAGGUUGGGGGGGUGCAUUAACAUUUAGGUGGGAUAGUGCAAAAGAGAGAGUCUCCAGAUUUUAGAUCUCCAGAGGUUGGUAUCUAUGUAACCAAGAAAAUUCGAAGAGGCCCUUAGAGCAUUCAAAGCACAUGCAUCUGAGCACCAUAAAAUUUGCACUCUCUCUAUGUAAAUCAAGUGUUGUGUUGUUUUACCUAUACAGCUGUAUUCAGUGGCAGAUCCAGGCGAGGAGCUCAGGGGGCCCAGGACUCCCCCCCUGCUCAUGUUUUGACCAAACUGAGGUCCGAAGGGCCAAAAAAAUUUUUUUGGAGACCACCCCCCCCCCCCCUUAUCUCAGGGUCUGGAUCCAGCACUGGUAUUUAUAAAAUUUUUUGUUCUUCAGUAGACGAUUUCAUGAUUGUUGGUUAAAGGGCCUGGUUUAAUAUAGACUUAAUAUACUUUAAUGGUAAAAUGAAAGCAUUUCAUGGUUAUUGUAGCAGAAUUUCUACGGAUAGUUAAUUUAAAUGGCCCUCUAAUAAACACAAAUUUCAUGUUUGCCAUUUUUACAUCUACCAUAAUACACCUUGUUUGCCCCCCAAGGUGUACAUGUGUAUUAUGGGAGAUGUGCAAAUGGCCAAUUGAUAUUUUCAAAUUUCCAUUGUCUCAAUUUUAAUAUUCAUAUUAUGCUAUAAUAUGUUAUUCAAAAUGUGUUCAUAAAAUGAUUUAAAAUAAUAUUUAUUACAAGCACUAACUGUUCUUUCUGUUGUCUUAUUCAGAUGACAGUGGACAUUUUGGUGAGUAAUAAAGAGAUAUAAUUAACAAUUAUUCUUUGAAAUCGAGGUGAAUAGUGGCAAAAUAUUUACCGAGCCGCGAAAGCGGCGAGGUAAAUAUUCCCAAAGCCACUAUUCACUGAGAUUGAGAAGAAUAAUUGUUUUAGUAUAUACACACGAAGUGAUCUCAACAAAAUCAGAAAGGAAACCAUUCAAAAGUAGGAUUUGAUUGACAGAUCAAAUCACGCGUAAGUUUAAAAAUAGAUCUUUGCAGAAUUUUCAAACAUGGCAAUUCACAAGUUUACUCAUUUCGCAAACAACAGCGUAAUGGCUUCAAUGGAAUCGCUAAAAGUUUGAACUGUUUCCUUACCUGAGAAAAAAAGUAGAGCUGUGUUGUUUUCUGUUGACUCGCCAAGUUUAUAGCCAAAAGGGCAUGUUGUGUCGUUCUUCGCAUGAAGUGCUGACAAAAAUGGCGGCUCGGUUGCUCGAGGUAAGAGGUCGUCUUCCUGUAUCAUUCUUUUUCCUGUUUACUUGAAAUGUAGAAUUUCUGCAAACAUUUCCUUUUAAAUUUGUUUGUCAUAAAUAAACUUCGAUUUUUGAGCCAAAAUUUUCUUCUUAGAAAACGCUGAGUUCAUUUAAACGGCUUCUUCUCACGUGAAUACACGGGAGUUGUAAACAAUCCAUCGAGCACAAAACUCCUGCUACAGUAAAUUGAAAAACGCCGUAUUGAAUCCUUCCAAGUCUUUUCUUGCCUUAAAAAAAGUCAGCCCUAGGAUUUUGUCGACUUUUAAAAGAUCGUUCUCUAAAAAAAACGCGAAAAACACCGAGCUCACACAUUAUCCACUCGCUAGGAGGUGAAUAUUGUUGAAUAGCCCGAGAUAGCGAACCAAUCAGAUUGCUUAAAUCACCAAGAUCACUGAGUGUGUAUAUACUAAUAUUAAAUGUACACAUAUUUCCUUUUUAAGGGUCAACCAUUACUGACUUUGAGCGUACAGUUUGCAAAGGUUUUUACAAUCAACUUGGCACUUGGAGCCCUUCAAUUAUUAUUAUUGACUGAUUUUAUCUUAUUAUUUCUUUUAGGAUCCUAAUGGUAACAAAAUGGCACAUUGGGUCAACCUCGACAGUGCAUCAGGUUUUGUUUUUAAAUUAAUUGCUUUGUGAAUAUUAUGUAAUAAUAACCAUAUACAAUACAGAAAAAUACAACACAGAAAAAAUGGGUGAACAAGUUCAGAGAUGCCAACCUCUGGAGAUCUAAAAUCUGGAGACUCUCUCUUUUUCACUACCCCCGGAAAUUCAAUAAACCACCGCCCCCCCUCCCCACCCCUGACAAAGAUGGGAAUUAAUAAGGACAUUGUCUGAAGUCUUACAUAAAGUACAUACUAUCAAAAUUCGCAUUUUGAUGCCAGAAAUAAUCUUUGUCAAUGACUAAAAUAAAUACAGGUGCAAAAAUGCCCCAGAAACCGUACUACGAAUGCGAAAAAUUCAAUUUUGCGCUAAAAAUGGGCUACAUCUCAAACUAACACACAUAAAAGCUCAAAAGAUGAUUUUAUCCGGGAGAUAUGGUGACCCAUACGGGAGACCGGGAGAUUGGUGCCGUAUCCGGGAGACUCCCGGAUAAUCCGGGAGAGUUGGCAUGUAUGCAAGUUUCACCACUGUCAGCUAUGCUAUGAAGUAUGUAUUUCACCGAAAGCUGGCCGGGAUACAAAGUCAUUUUUGUUAGGAGGCAGAGAGGUUGUUGUAGAAGGAUAAGAAUUGCAUGCAAAGUAGAUCAUCACAGAUUAAGACACAACUUUAUGCAGCUGCGAAAAAAAUCAGGCUUGCCAGGAUUUGAAUCCUGACCAGCUUUGGGAUACCAGUGCAGCACAGCUGUAAAUAACUGAGCUAACAUUCAGGUACAGGUGACAUACUGUUAAGGGGGAAACCUGCAGUGGAUUAGUAUCCCAUCCCAUGACUACUGUUGGGGAACUGGGGUGGGUUGGGGAGCGGAGGUGGGGAGAGAGGUGAGGAAGCUUUCUGAAACUAACAUGAAGUACCUAAGUUGGUGUAGUGUUAAUAAUAAAAAAAUGUCUUUCCAUGAUAGGGGUGAUCAAGAGAGAAUUUCUCCUGUCAACUCAGCCAGUUGAGGGAAACUGGAAGAUAUCUGUUUCAGCUGCAGAGGUAUGUACAUUUAAGUCCUGUUAAAUAUUCAUAUAGUAUUAUGAUGGCGAUGUUUUUGAAGGAGAUGGUAUCUUGCAUUUUUCUUGCAAUGAAGAUCAAAUAUUACGAGAAUCGUUGAUCGUGAUACAAUUAUGUCAUGCAGAGCUGUGCUGUCAACCCCCCACUCUUCAAAUAUUUAGAAUUGAUAGGGAAGGGGUGAUAGAUAUGAUGACUUUAUAAUGUAGAGCACAUGACGUCAUUUGUGCAAAAAAUACUCGUUGACUCCUGACACAAAAUGCACGAAAAAGGGUGUAGUUAGUAUUGUAACAUUUGACGUGAUUCGUGAGGUUUACUUCCCACCAAUCAAAUCUUAAUAUUAUAUUACAAUGGCAUACCAGAGUUUAAGAGGAAAUGGUCAAUAUUAACUGUAAAAUAGCUCAAACAAUGCAAUAUAUUUGAGAUUUUCUUGUCAGUAAGUUGAAUGUACAAGAAUUUCUUGUAUAUAAAAAUUAUUGCGUUGUUUGAGCUAUUUAUGGCAAACCUCAGCGAUCAUCCAGGAGAUUUCAGACUCCAAUCUGGAAACCGGGAGACAGCUCUGUUCAUGACAGCUCUUUGAAACAGUUAGACAGUUUGAAAAUUGAUAUGUGAAUGAAUCAAUUUUGAGCAAUUAAUGAAUGAGGCUGAGUAGAAUCCAAUAUGAAGAAUUAAGCAGAUCGAGGAGGGUGUUCAGCCAGGGUGGAUAACACCCUCCAAGAUCUGCUUAAUUCUUUAUAUCCUGCGAAAGAGGAAUUCAUUAAUAUUAUUGCUUUAUUAUUUAUUCAAAAUAAUUCCGAGUUUAAAAACGUAGCUAAAACAUGCUUACCUGCAUCGACGUUAAGUUCAUCUUCGAUAGUGUACGUUCAGCUCCGCAAAUAAUUAUUCUCCAAAUAGCAGAUGUCACCUUCCAAGUUGUCUUCUUGCUGUUUUUGCCAUGUUUUUAGCUAUUAUUUGCCUAGUUCCUGCAUGUAGUUCUUACUCUUGAAACGAGUCAAAUGUCCAUUAUUUCUUUUCACGACAAAAACAACUCAACCUUGUCCCCAGGUCUUCUCAGUAACGGUGCCUUAACCUGUAGCGGGCUGCAUUUUUGACGUCAUUUCCUCAUUAAACACAAAAUUUUUCCAGAGGCAGAUAAUUUGCAUUCAAAAUUUGCGUUCACAUGUUUUUGAUAAAGCCCGUGUAUCUGUGAAAAAGAACAUUGCAAGACAUCAUUGUACAUGUAUUCAUUUGUUUGUUACAUGUAAAUGAAGGGUCUAUGUGUAUAUUGACUUUUACAACAAAAGUUUAUCCUGAUGCCUGCUCAAAAACAUUAGCCUGAGAAAACAGACUUUUCUCCCCACUCAUUGCCGAAAUGUCUGUUUUCACGGGCUACAAAAACGUGCUCAUCAAAAACAUUUGUUUUGAUUCAUUAUUAGGAUCAAAAAGCAGAGCAAGUGAUUGAAGUGAAGCCUUAUGGUAUGUACGUGUAUACUUGCUUUGUAAAACCAAUGCACCAAUCUUCUGUUGGUUUGAGAAUUUUGUAAUUAACAAUACAGGGGACUUUUUGAAUGUGUUUUACCACCAUCUCAUUUGGGGUCAAAUUACAGUGUACAUGCAAUUGUAAACCGCUAGAAGAUUCAGUAAUUCAUGCCAGUUUAUUUUCGGCCCUGUUUUUCAUACUUCUUUGGAAAACAAUUAAAUAAUCACUAAAUUAUUUCAUAGUAGGCGGGAUACGUGUAUGAUCGGCGGGGUGAGUGUUUUCCUGAAUCAACUGUUGUUGACAAGUGACUUACAUUUCCACACCUGUGCAGUUAAGUCAUCUUCAGAUCAAGUCAAAGUGAGUUGCAUCAUGUCAGUUGAUGGUUUUAAACUCCGAUCGGGUUAUUGACUUGAUUUGCCAUCUGUCAGUUAUAAUUUGUGGUGUUUUUGGCUUAUGUCUUCAUUCAUAAUCAAUCUUUCAAAAUCAAUAGUUCAAACUCAUUUCUUUUUUUGCACACAAAUUAUCUGAGAGUUACUCUUACCAUGGAACACUUUGAAUCUCCUUUGUAGUGCUCCCCAAGUUUGAAGUGAAAGUAGAGCUGCCACCCUACCUACUUGAAAAAGAGAAAGCCCUUCAUGGGAAAGUGACUGUAAGGUGUGUUAAAAUUAGACUCAGAGGCAAAUGUAUUAUCACUAUCAAUUUGUAACUGACCCUGAUCAUGGUUCAUACAAUCUUGAAAAGGUUUUGAAUUUUAGUGGUCGUCUUGAAAAGUUCUUUGAAUUCGGUUAAGGUCCUUGAAAAGUACUUGAUUUCCUUAUUAGGUUUUGAAAAGUCCUUGAAAUUCACUACCUUGUGUACACCAGACACCCGUUUUCUGUAAAAUUAUAUUUUUUUGCUGAGGGAAAUCUGGCUCAUCCUUGGUGUAAGAACCUAUAAAACACACGGGUAACUUAAAAACAUUUUUGUGCUUGAACAAUAUUUUAUUUCUAGUGUUUCUUUAUUUCAAAUGCUAUUUCUGUACCUCAGGUGCAAUUGCAAGUCAUACCCAGUCAUUCUGCAAGGUGUUGUUGUGGAAAGUGGUAUUAAAUAAUGUGAUCAACCAUGGCUGAAGAAGUUGAAAUCGUAUAUGACUCCAUGACGUGUUUUAGCCAAUAAAGUGUUCAAAAAGGGGAGAAAGAAUGCUGAUUUAUUGAAUAAAUCUUAGUCCUUGAAAACUGUUAUAAUUUGUCCUUCAAAAAUCCUUGAAAAGUCCUUGAAAAGUCGGAAGUUGUAUGAACUAUGGACCCUGUGCUGUCAGCUUGAUCUCACUUUGUUAAAUGCUGCUCCGUACCUUAUGAGAAGUUGAAGGGUAAUUGGCAAAAAAAUUAAAGAAGCUACGUCAUGAAAUUUAUCAAAGUUCAAACAGAUCGCGAAACACAGCAAAUACAAAAGGUGGAACCAGACAAACAAACCUGAAGAAGACCACUAUGGACUACAAUGAUGAUUUCAUUGAGAUGUUUAAAGACAGUUUAUUUUGAUAUACUGGUAAUGCUUGGGAAACAUAUUCUUAUUUUGUUUGACACAAAUGAAGCUGUCAUUUUGUCAAGCAUUAACCAUUGUCUCCAGUCUCUCAAGAGAAAUUUGAAGCAAAGGUUAUGCCAACUCUUUUAUUUAUUUAUUUAUUUAUUUAUUGGGGGGGGUGGGGGAGGAGGGGGGACAAGGUGUAUUGUGGGAGAUGUGCAAAUUGCAGAUGUUGAUGUUUAUUACUUUUUGUCAUAUUUUUUGACCCCGCAAGGUACACUUAUGGCAAAGGUGCUAAGGGACGAGCAAAUAUUCAGUUGUACUUUGAUUAUUAUAGUAGAGGAAAGAGGCCUGCAUUAGCUAAAGAUAUUGCUGUAAGUACUGAUUAUUUCUUCACCAUAUUAACAAAGACUGUUUAUUUUUAUUGAUUGUUGACAUCUUUUUAAAAUUGUUGUUGUUUUUUGUGGUUGUUGUCGUAUAUAACUGCAGUAAUUUGUAAGCAAUGGAUAUGCACACAACUUCACUUUUUAUUUAACAAACAAUGUUGUGUAAAGCAGAAUGUUGAAGCAAAUCAAGCAAAAGAAUUAAUUGAAUACAUGUUUGUGUCGUGGGCAAAGGCUCCAGCUACAGUAUAUCAUUUCAUAAACCAAAAAGUUCUUUACAGACAAAAAACUGGGUGAAAGUGAGAGGCAACAGUCCCAUUUUGAUCAAACCCCCAAACUCGACCAGUCUGUCAAAUGCCUGAGGCUGUUUUCUUUUUACUCAGUUGGAUUUCAUUCACAUUGACAAGGAUGUAGUCAAUUUAACUUUCUUAUUUUGCAUUUUUCUCUAAACGAUGUGGUUCUUGUGCCUGAGAAAAUUCUGUUGAAAUAAAAUGAUGCCAUCAGUAACACCAUUUUUUUUUGUUACAAUAUUCUUAUUAACAAUAAUACGAAGAAGUAAGGUAUUAAAAAAAGAGAUAAAGACAAAACACAAAGCUACAAAGAGGGAUGGAGGGAAAGUAACAAGUGCAGUAAGAAGGUGUUUCUUCAGUUUUUUUCUUAAAAGUUGAUACACUAACUGAGCUUAGAAAUGUCUGGACUAAGUGAAUUAAAAAACAAGGGACCUUGGUAUUGAAACGAAAAGCGUCUUUUGGUAGUUCUGAACUUAGUAAUAUGAAAAGAACUGGCAUUCCAGGUUGUUAACUACAGCCACCAUACUUGUACUUUCAGCAUAAAUGAGGAUGGCCAAAUGUCAUCAUUAUCAUUAUUAAUUGAGCACAAUCUAAAAACGUUUUUUGGUAGGUUGAUGGAGAAGGCAGUUUUACUUUUGACAAGGGUCUCAUUCAGCAGUUGUUCAAAGAAUCUUUCAGCUGGAACCGCGAUACCACUAUCCUAUAUCGCUAUCAUUAUUUUGUGUCAGUGAAUGCUACUUUCCAUGAAGACCUAACCGGCAAAGUUGCCAGCGCACAGGGGAGUGUUUCUCUCCAUGAGAUGGAUGUGAAGCUAAAAUUUCCUGACUUCAACCCUGGUUAUUUUAAACCGGGAUUACCAUUUGAGGUCAUGGUAAGUAGACAUAAGAUUCAAGGACGUUAAGGUCGGCAGAGAUUCUGUAUCAAAAUUAUACUUCAUAUUGCCUCCGUUUUAUUUUGAUUUCCCUCCUCAGGGGCACCCAUCGAGAAUAUAGUUCAAAAGCACUUAAACAUAGCAUUGUUGAACGUAUUUUAGUAUUUAAACUGUAGAUAUAGGCAUAUUUUUAUCCCCUAAAAAUUUUUUAUCUGUUCGGAUUUCCUAGCUGAAAGUCUAGUGAUCCGAAAAUUAUAGGGAUCAAAACUUACCUUGUCGAAAAUUUUAGAUGUUCGAAAAUCCUAGGAGAGGCAGGCAAGCAAGAAAUCUUACAACAAAUGUUCCGAAAAUUCUAGAUCUCAAAUCGUCUUCCGAACAGAUAUUUUCCGAAAAUUGACGUUGGGUGCCCCUGCCUCCUCUCCCCAACUAUCUCUCUCUCUGAUAAAUGCCCAAUACACAAUAUGGACACCUUGGGCUCAUUGUUAUGCACGAAGUACAACGACUGAUAUCGCCGGGACAGGUUUACGAGAUAUUCAUAACUGGAAAAAAAAUUAGGGAACGAGCUGAAACACUGUUACAGGCCCACAGUAAUUGGCAAAAUCUGUCAUCACUGAAAUUAACGCCUUAUAUCUUUUUAUAAAAGCACUCUUUCUGAAUUCCGCUCAACACAUAACACACUACAGUCUACCAAAAAUUACCUCUCUGCUGUGCUAGCUCGUGAAGUUGUGUAUCUGCGCUAAAUUCUUGGACACAAAAUUGUCGGAAAAGUCAAAUUUUGAGACGCCCGAAGGUGUCCCGACUAAAGAACGAGUUCCAAGCAAUAUGCCGUAAAAUUCCGAAAAUAAGCCCCUCCAAAUAUAAGCCCCCCAAACUCUUAACGCAAAAACCCUCCGUUAAAUCGCCCCUCCGAAAAUAAGCCCCCCCGGGGGCUUGUACUUGGAAAUUGCCCUCGAAUACAAAGCAAAACAAAGCAAAAACGGUAAAUUUCUUUCCAACAAGGCAAGCUCAAUCGAUUUUCUAACGCAAAUUUCCCUCUGUAGAUAAGCCCCUCCAAAAAAGGCCCCUCAAAAAGGGCCUUUGAUAAAUAUAAGCCCCGAGGCUUAUUUUCGGAAUUUUACGGUAUGUAAUAAUGGUAAUUACGGUCAAUUACAUUCCACUCUCUAAUUUUGUGUAUAAGCUGCAAUGUUUUCAAGGAUUUUUGAGGCGAAAAAAAAAAACGUACAAAGAGUUUUGGUAUGAAAUUUGGUUUUUUAUUUCCACAUUAUUAAAAAUCACUGAAACAAUGUUUGAUUCAUAGCCCGUUUGUUACUUUCCUGGUACUUUUGAAUCGACAUUUUGUUCGCAGUCUGCGUGUCACAGGUGCAAGUGAACACUUUAAAUUAUGCGCUACUCUUUACAAGCAAUAUAUGGGUUCUUUAAAAGGACAGGUUCACGGUUAAGCGCAUGCUCAUUAAUUAAAUUACUUUUUUCCAAUUUAUUAUCAAUUCUGUCGGUUAAUAAUCUCACUCACAUGUAUCUCAGGGAUCUCAGAGUGUAUUUCAAAGUAGAAGUGUAUUUCAGAGUAACCUAAAGUAGGAUGGAGGAGUACUAAAAUCGCAGAAAAUAUUAGUGGAUUAUGCCAACACUACCAACGUUGAAUUUAUUGUUGACCCGAAGGUGUUAUUCCAUGGUUGAUUAAUUUUCAGCUAUUUGCAAAUAUUUAAGUUGAUCAAGUGGGGAGUGUGCAGUUUGGUUCUUUGACAACAUUAUGACAUGAUCAUAUUGCUUGCAUAGACGAUACAGCGUAUCCCGGCAACAAAACAGCAUUUUGAUAAAUGAAUAUCGUCCCUAUCCGAGAACACUAGAAAGUCUAACCGUUUGCAGAAGUCUUUACAAAGGCAGCACUUUCUCCUUAGUUUUUUUUAACACCCUGAGGGUUUGUCCUGCUGGGGUAUGAACCAGUGGCUCCUCGCUCGGCAAACCUGCGCUUAUCCAGUUGAGCUUACCGGGUGUCAAUUGUUGUUGUUGUUGUUGUUGUUGUUGUUGUUGUUGUUGUUUUUAGCUUCAAGUUGUAAAGCCCAGUGGAGAUCAACACAGUCCAGAUACAUUGAAGUCAAUGAAAGUCAAUAUUAGAACAUCGUACAACUGGAGACAAAGAAGCUCCGAAGAAUCCGUAACUCCCUCUGAAGAUGGAAGUAUCAUUAUUAAGAGACAGAUCCCUUCAGAUGCAGAGAGUAUACAGCUACAAGUAAGAUGACACCUUGUUAUGCCGCACUUGUCCAUGUCCAUGUUUUCUACAUGUCUUUUUCUUGAAUAAUAAAAAGAUGAGCAGAUUCAUGAAAGAAAUGGGCGCUUGUGCCAAAAACGAGUUAAAAGGAUGAAGGUUUGUUUAGAGUGGAAAGUGUACUCAGCUCAUCUAGUUAGUUUAGACAGGCACCCCACUCAAAUAAUUAGCAAAAAAAAAAUCCGAAUAGAACACAACGGGAUUAAAAACCCUAACUGGCAGGCGGCAACAUGUUGGCUAUUCAUAAACGUGGCUGAAGAUUUGAAAUCGUGAUGACCAUGAAAAAAUCCAGCAAGUGGCCAGAGCGGAACUCGAACCCGGGACUGGGCAUGCCGGAUUGUGAGCCUGACGUGCUCUCCACUAGACCACGCUGCCUGCUGCGGUUUGCAAGAGGUUUAAGUUUGCCCGCGCUGCAUCCCAUUGCCCGGUCAGGAAAAAAAAUACUUUUUUAUACUGUUUUACUAUUUUUACAGGCAAAAUAUUCCGAGGGUCAGAAGACUGCAAGCGCAUCUUUUGGGGCUAGUAAGGCGGAUUCACCAAGCAAGUCCUAUAUACAGUUAUCAACUACUACACCUUCUGUCAAGGUAUAUGAAAAUCGCUCCAAAGCGCUCCUAAAUCACGCUUGUUUAGCCUGCCAUAAAGGCAUGACUUUUCAGUGAACGCCAUUGUGGUAUUCUGUUUCACUUUCGGUAUUUAGAGGUGGUUAUUUUUAGCUUGGGUUGUAAGCCAAUACAUCUCAUGAAAGGUAAUUGAUUUUUUCUAUUUAUGCAGGCUGGUGACAAUAUUGCGUUGGAUAUCAGAGCCUCGUUUUCUUUCUCAGAGUUACGAUACAUGGUAAGUUGUGUCAGAGAAUCCUGUAGCCCAUAGGAAAGUUAGAGUUAAUGGGUUGGAAUAUAAUUUAGUGUUAAGCACUGUAGCGGAUAGCUCCUGCAGCGGCACGAAAACCACGCCGGAUAAGAACGGUGAUUUCGGCGCGGUUUCUGUAACGGAGGGAAGCUGCUCCGCGCCGAUCUGAAAAAGUGGAUCGUCACUUAUCGGGUAGGUUUCUGUAUGUGCCUUUCUUUGGCGCACUGUGAACAGCUGCCCAUACUAUACCGAGCAGCUUUCCAAGGCGACGUUGA